GGGUUUCCUGGUUUUUCCAGCUCCCUUCCCAGUUCAAAAAAGCUACCUCAACUGUCAUGUCAUGGUGUAAUAGCUGGAUUGAUAACCUGGGGCUUCCAAUCCCCGAUAAUGUCAUCAUAUCGAUGGAUGACCGCAGACAGGGAGCUAUCGCUGACUUAAUUUCCCAACUCCAUGAGACCCGUGAGGAGCUUCUGAGCGGCAGCCGAGGCUGUGGCUAUGAAUGUAGCUCAAUCGUGUAUGGAGCUCUUACAAAGCAAAUGCAGUCGAAUGCUCUGCUUUGGCCGAGGCCUGAGGUUCCUUUCCUCAAUUUGAACUACAUGUCUCUCGUGCAACGAGUGUCAUCGUUCAAAUCGCCAGGAUGGUACGGUGGAUCGCCCUAUUUUAGCAGCUACCCGCACUCGUGCGUUGACUCAUCCUUCAAAUCGCUCUUUGGCAAGUCGAACGAUAUCAUUGAAGGUCUUGACUUAGAUAGCCUUAUUCAUGGAUCGACAGGGUAAUCUUCAAUAUUCCUUUGCUGGUGAGAGUUCUUCACCUAAUCAAUAUAAAGGGCGUCCCUGUCAGCCACUUUCUUGCUGGCCUAGCAGAUAUAUCAGUUAACUGACCGCACUGGGAAACGAAGGCGGG